CUUGCGUAUGUGUGCCGACACCUGGUACUCGCCUUCCACUGUUCACACUGCAGAGCUCUCUGUCUGUACCAGUAUCUCUCUUCCUCUCCCUUUCUCUCUCUUUCUCUCUCUCCCUCUCCCUCCCUCUCUCUCUCUCUCUCUCUCUCCCUCUCUCCCUUUCUCACUGUUUGUCUUCACGCAUCAGUCCUUUUCCUUUAUCCUUGAACUCCCUUACCAUGGUGCAGGAUUUUACUGGCUGGGGAGCCUUUCAGCGCAGAGAGAUGGUGGGAGCGAGGAUCCUGCGGAGCUCCGGCCGCCCCAUGUAGACCCCCGACUGAGCCACGCCGGGCAAGGUGGCAGCUCCACAGACAGCGACUGCGCCUUUGAAGGAGACUACGCCGCGCCCCCGCUGCCAGUGACCGAAGGCAUGCAGCACAUCCGCAUCAUGGAAGGCGUGUCCCGCUCGCUGCCCUCCUCCCCGCUGCUCACGCACCAGACCGUCAGCAUGAGGCUGCAGCCAAUGAAGAAGCUCACAGCCCCCCUGCGGAAAGCAAAGUUUGUGGAGAGCCCUCGCAUUCCAGAAUCAGAGCUUGGCUCCCCAACACACACCUCCUCCCCUGCCAAGAAUCCCACCCUGGAAACAUACUGUCCUGGGGAGUCGAACCAGGAGCUGGGCCCCCCUCCGUCAGUGGACGAGGCGGCCAACACCCUGAUGACGCGGCUGGGCUUCCUGCUGGGCGAGAAAGUGAGCGAGGGGCCGGCCGGAGCGCCCUACAGCAUGGAGGAGCAGGAUGACAGCCAGGGCCUGGCGAUGACGCAGCGGAUCAGCCCCUCCUCCACCCUGACCAGCAGCACCGCCUCCCCUCCCGCCGGCAGCCCCUGCUCCACCCUGCCGCCGGCCGCCCAGGGGAACGCGGGACACAGGGACUGCGCCUACGGCUCGGUCACCAGCCCCACCUCCACGCUGGAGAGCAGGGACAGCGGCAUCAUCGCCACGCUGACGAGCUACUCGGAGAAUGUGGAGAGGGGGGGCAAGUACGGGGAGGGGUCGCGGGGGAGCCUGAAGCUCUGGCAGUCCCAAAAGUCCGGGAUGGACUCCUGCCUGUACCGAGUGGACGAGAACAUGACCGCCUCCACCUACAGCCUCAACAAGAUCCCCGAGGGCAACCUGGAGUCCAUCUCCUCCCACUCCGUCCAGUCCAUCCCACUGUACCUCAUGCCCCGCCCCAACUCAGUGGCAGCCACCAGUUCAGCUCACCUGGAGGACCUGGCCUACCUGGACGAGCAGAGGCACACCCCGCUGCGCACCUCCCUGAGGAUGCCCCGACAGUCCGUGGGGGCGGGGCGCCCCGGGCAGGACCUGAGAGUGCGCUUCGCCCCCUACCGGCCUCCCGACAUCGCGCUCAAGCCGCUGCUCUUCGAGGUGCCCAGCAUCACCAUGGACUCGGUGUUCACCGGCCGCGACUGGCUCUUCCAGGAGGUGGACGCCCGGCUGAGCGCGGACGACUCCGGCUCCAACCGCGGCGUGGUGGUGGUGGGCAACAUCGGCUACGGCAAGACCGCCAUCGUCUCCCGCCUGGUGGCGCUCAGCUGCCACGGCACCCGCAUGCGGCAGAUCGCCUCGGACAGCCCGCACGCCUCGCCCAAACAUGGAGAGGGCUUGCCCCUCAGCCAAUCCCAGCCCUCCCACGGCACCCUGGGCGGGGGCAGCUGCCCUGGGACCCCCGAGAUGAGGCGGCGCCAAGAGGAGGCCAUGAGGCGGCUGGCAGCCCAGCGGAUACGCUACACGCCUGGUGCGGAGUUCGUGCACAACGUGGCGGCGCUGCUGUGCCGCUCGCCCCAGCUGCUGGCCUACCGGGAGCUGCUGCUGAGGGAGCCCCACCUGCAGAGCACGCUCAGUCUGCGCUCCUGCGUGCAGGACCCCCUGGCCUCCUUCAGGAGGGGCGUGCUGGAGCCCCUGGACACCCUCUACAAAGAGAGGAAGAUCACCACCGACGAAGACCUGAUCAUCCUCAUCGACGGGCUCAACGAGGCGGAGUUUCACAAGCCCGACUACGGGGACACCAUCGUCUCUUUCCUCAGCAAAACCGUCAGCAAGUUCCCGCCCUGGCUGAAGCUGGUGGUGACCGUCAGGACCACGCUGCAGGAGAUUACCAAGCCCCUCCCCUUCCACCAAAUCUCUCUGGACCGGCUGGAAGAGAACGAGGCCAUCGACCAGGACCUGCAGGGCUACAUCCUGCACCGGAUCCACAGCAGCCCCGAGAUCCAGAACAACAUCUCGCUCAACGGCAAGAUGGACAACGCCUCCUUCGGCAAGCUGAGCGCCCACCUGAAGGCGCUGAGCCAGGGCUCCUACCUGUACCUCAAGCUGACCUUCGACCUCAUCGAGAAGGGCUACCUGGUGCUCAAGAGCUCCAGCUACAAGGUGGUGCCGGUGAGCCUGGCCGAGGUCUACCUGCUGCAGUGCAACAUGCGCUUCCCCACGCAGUCGUCCUUCGAGCGCGCCCUGCCGCUGCUCAACGUGGCCGUGGCCUCGCUGCACCCGCUGACGGACGAGCAGAUCCACCAGGCCGCCAACGCCGGGGCGGUGCAGGGCACGCUGGACUGGGACGACUUCCAGCAGCGCAUGGACAACCUGGCCGUCUUCCUGGUCAAGCGCCGCGACGGCACGCGCAUGUUCGUGCACCCCUCCUUCCGCGAGUGGCUCAUCUGGAGGGAGGAGGGCGAGAAGACCAAGUUCCUCUGCGACCCCAGGAGUGGUCACACGCUCCUGGCCUUCUGGUUCUCCCGGCAGGAGGGGAAGCUGAACCGGCAGCAGACCAUCGAGCUGGGCCACCACAUCCUCAAAGCGCACAUCUUCAAGGGCCUAAGCAAGAAGGUUGGGGUUUCCUCGUCCAUCUUGCAGGGACUGUGGGUGUCCUACAGUACAGAGGGCCUCUCCACUGCCCUGGCCUCUCUCAGAAACCUCUACACUCCUAACAUCAAGGUGAGCCGGCUGCUGAUGUUGGGCGGGGCCAACGUGAACUACCGCACGGAGGUGCUGAGCAACGCGCCGGUGCUGUGCGUGCACGCCCACCUGGGCUACGCCGACACCGUGGCGCUGCUGCUGGAGUACGGCGCCUCGGUGGACGCCGCCUCGGAGAGCGGCCUCACGCCCCUGGGCUACGCCGCCGCCGCGGGCCACCUCAACAUCGUCACCACCCUGUGCCGCAAGAGAGCCAAGGUGGACCACCUGGACAAGAACGGGCAGUGCGCGCUGGUGCACGCGGCCCUCAGGGGCCACAUGGAGGUGGUGAAGUUCCUGAUCCAGUGCGACUGGACCAUGGGCGGCCAGCAGCAGGGCGUCUUCAGCAAGAGCCACGCCGUCCAGCAGGCCCUGGUGGCCGCCGCCAGCAUGGGCUUCACCGAGAUCGUGUCCUACCUCCUGGAUCUGCCGGAGAAGGACGAGGAGGAAGUGGAGCGUGCUCAGAUCAACAGCUUCGACACCCUGUGGGGGGAAACAGCGCUGACGGCGGCCGCAGGGCGGGGCAAGCUGGAGGUGUGCAGGCUGCUGCUGGAGCAGGGGGCGGCCGUGGCCCAGCCCAACCGCCGCGGGAUCGUCCCUCUCUUCAGCGCCGUCCGGCAGGGCCACUGGCAGAUCGUGGACCUGCUGCUCACGCACAGCGCCGACGUCAACAUGGCCGACAAGCAGGGCCGCACUCCCCUGAUGAUGGCGGCCUCCGAGGGCCACCUGGGCACCGUGGAGUUCCUGCUGGCGCAGGGUGCCUCCAUAAGCCUGAUGGACAAGGAGGGCCUGACGGCCCUGAGCUGGGCGUGUCUGAAGGGUCACAUGGCCGUGGUGCGCUCCCUGGUGGAGAGGGGCGCGGCCACCGACCACGCCGACAAGAACGGCCGCACCCCGCUCGACCUGGCCGCCUUCUACGGAGACGCCGAAGUGGUGCAGUUCCUGGUGGAUCACGGGGCGAUGAUCGAGCACGUGGACUACAGCGGCAUGCGCCCCCUGGACCGGGCGGUGGGGUGCCGCAACACCUCGGUGGUGGUCGCCCUGCUCAAGAAGGGAGCCAAGAUAGGAUGUCAGACGCUGCCCAGCCGGCCCAGAGGUCCAGCAACUUGGGCAAUGGCCACCUCCAAACCUGACAUCAUGAUUAUCCUGCUCAGCAAGCUCAUAGAGGAAGGGGACGGCUUCUAUAAGGUGAGCUCCGCCCACUACCCACAAGGCCACAGUGGGAGGGGCCAGAAACCCAGAUUGGUCUCUCUUAUGAAGGCUCAGCCAUGGUUCAGCGAGACUGAGACUCCGCAGCUCAAGUGUCGCCUGCCGCUCAACCUGUCCCCUGCCGCAGGGAACCAACGUAGUCCGCGGCCCGCCCCGCUGUCGCCAGGGGCCUCGGGCAGCGCACGCAGCCAGAGCAGACCAGGGGCCUCGGGCAGCGCACGCAGCCAGAGCAGGACGAGGGCCCCCUGUCACUGUCGUCUCUGUUGUUCCUCUCAGGACUUUGGAAUGGCCGAGGAGUUUGCCACCAAGGCGCUGGAGCUGAAGCCAAAUUCGUACGAGGCCUACUACGCCAGAGCCCGAGCCAAGCGGAGCAGCAGACAAUUCGCUGAAGCCCUGGAGGACCUGAACGAAGCCAUCAAGCAGUGCCCCAACAACCGGGAGAUCCAGAGGCUGCUGCAGCGCGUGGAGGAGGAGUGUCGACAGGUCAACCAGCCUCCGCAGGAGGAGCUGGAGCCGCCCCCGUCCCCGCCCCCUCCCCCGCCCCCGGCCGAGGAGCCGCCUCCGCCCCCGGAGCCCCGGCUGGAGGACAUGGAGCCCGUGCAGGACCUGUUUGAGGACGAGGACUACCUGGAGCAGGAGCUGGAGGCGGCGUCCGCCGGCCUGCCUCUGGAGUCCCGGCCCAGCCCCGCCAGCCUGCCCAUCAUCCAGAGCCCCCCGCCGUCCCCGGCCCACCGCGACUCCGCCUACCUCUCGGGGGGCUCCCCGCUGGGCCAGUCCUUCGACUUCCGGCCCAGCCCCACCUCCAUGUCCUCCCCCACCCGCCAGGGCUACCAGUCCACCUCGCCCUCCCUCUCGCCCACGCAUCAGAACUCCCACUUCCGGCCCAGCCCCCCGCAGACCUCCCCUGCCCACCAGGUCUCCUCCUACCGCUUCAGCCCCCCGCCCCUGGGCAGCGGAGGAGGGGGAGGAGGCGGAGGAGGAGGAGGAGGAGGAGGGGGGCAGGGGAAAGACUACCAGAGCCCCCCGCCCUCGCCCCUGCGGCGGGGUCCCCAGUACAGGGCCAGCCCCCCGGUGGAGAGCGUGUGCCUGUACCGCUCCCAGUCGGGCUCCCCGGUGCGCUACCAGCAGGAGCAGCUUCCCGGGCGGCCCAAGUCGCCCCUGUCCAAGAUGAGCAGCCAGCGUUCCUUCCAGCUGAGCUCUCAGGCGUCUCAGUCCUCCCAGCACCACCAGCAGGCGGGCCUGCGGCUGCAGCCGGCCAUGGCGCAGAUCGUGCGCACCAACCAGCCCAGCUCGGCCGUGCACUCCAGCGCCGUGCUGGCCGGCGGCGCCUACGGCCAGAUGGCGCACCCCAUCAGCGGGCGCUACCAGGGCGGCCCGCCGGACGUGGAGAGCCGGCUGGUGUACCAGGCCUCGCUGGACGGGCGGCCCAUGGCCCAGGUGCAGGCCAGCCUGAGCGCGGGGGCGCUGUGCCAGCACGGCGGGCGGGGCGGGGCGGCCGACGCGGGCCUGGCCAAGGACGAGCUCCCGCAGAGGCCCGCCUCGGCGUACCGGCCCGGCGGCGGCGGCGGCGGCGGCCCGGGGGGCGUGCGCUACGGGCAGACCCCGCAGAUCAGCCGCAGCCAGUCGGCGGCCUACUACCCCGUCUCCAAGCACGAGCUGGACCGCGCCGCCGCCGCCGGCGUCCUGCCGCAGUGCCAGCUGGGCUCGCCCGAGAUCCCGCACCUGGUGCGGCGGCCCGUCAGCGCCAACACGGGCGACGUCAAGCAGCACCCGCCCACCCCGCGGCCCCUCAUCCACUCGCAGAGCGUGGGGCUGCGCUUCUCCCCCUCCAGCAACAGCCUGUCCACGGGCUCCGCCUGCAGCCUGGCCCCCGGCUUCCGGCCCUCCGCCUCCAUCCAGCAGAUGGAGAUCCCGCUGCAGCCCUCCUACGAGCGCGCCUGCGACGACCUCUCGCCCAUCUCGCCCUCGCAGGGGGGCGACGGCCGGGGCGGGGCGGUGUACCAGGUGGAGCCCGCCCGCUCCCGGACCACGCCCUUCAUGGGCAUCAUCGACAAGACGGCGCGGACUCAGCAGUACCUGCACCAGCCCUCGCGGCCCUGGGCCGUCUCCUCCCUGGACACGGUCAUCACCAGCCCCACCUCCCCGGGCAACCUGGCGCAGCAGGGGGGCGGAGGCCCCUCCUACAGCCCGCCCACGUCGCUAGGCAACAUCGCCUACUACAACAAGACCAACAACGCCCAGAACGGGCACCUGCUGGAGGACGACUACUACUCGCAGUCGCAGCCGUCCUCCCUGGGCAAGCUGUCCAACGGGUCCCGGGGGGACAUCCUGGAGCGGGUGAGCCAGGUGCCCACCUACCCGGACGUGAAGGUGGCGCGGACGCUGCCCGUGGCCCAGGCCUACCAGGACAACAUGUACCGCCAGCUCUCGCGCGAGUCCCGCCAGGGCCCCACCUCGCCCAUCAAACCAAAGAGACCUUUCGUGGAGUCCAAUGUGUAG